AGGGGCGGGGACUGGGACGAGGUUUCUCGAGCAAGAUGGCGGCGAGCGGCCUCCGCCGGGCCGCUGCGGGGACCGGCACCGCGGUGAAGCCCAUUUUCAGCCGGGACAUGAACGAGGCCAAGCGGAGGGUGCGCGAGCUCUACCGAGCCUGGUAUCGGGAGGUGCCGAACACCGUGCACCUAUUCCAGCUGGACAUCACUGUGAAGCAGGGUCGGGAUAAAGUCCGAGAAAUGUUUAAGAAGAACGCCCACGUCACAGACCCCAGGGUGGUGGACAUGCUGGUCAUUAAGGGAAAGAUGGAACUGGAGGAAACGAUUAAAGUGUGGAAGCAGCGGACACACGUUAUGCGGUUCUUCCAUGAAACAGAAACGCCGAGGCCAAAGGAUUUCCUGUCCAAGUUCUACAUUGGCCACGACCCGUGAAGUCUCCGUGGAGAGAUGCAUGUUGCUAUUUAAGUACUUUAGAGCACAAAUAAACCCAGUCUGUGAUGGUCA